AUGGCUGCUCAAUCCGUCGCCUGUUCCUCUCCCUCCCUCUCCCUCCCUCUCAAGCCCAAGAAGCUGCUCCGCCUCUCCCCUGCUCAGCUCCAGUACCUGCAGGCUCAUCCUCCCCCGCCCCCUCAUCGUCCGCCCGCUGUGCAGGAGGGAGCGUGUCUGCAGAACAUCCUGGAAGCGAGGAAGCGGUGGGAGGAGGGCGUGAGCUCGCGGCGAUCAAGACCGAUGGGACGGGAGGGAUCAGCGCGGGACAUCACGGAGGCAGCGAGGGAGCUGCUGGGGAAGAGGUCGAGCGGAUGCGUCGAGCUUUCGUAG